AUGGCUGAUGAAAACUACACAAAGAUCACAGAGUUUGUUUUUGUAGGCUUGAAGUACCAUCCCCGGCUGCAAGUCUUCCUGUUCUUGCUCUUUCUUCUUUUUUACCUGGUUACUAUGACAGGUAACCUGGGCAUGAUCAUUUUGAUCCAGAUCGAUUCCCGUCUCCACACCCCCAUGUACUUCUUUCUCAGCCACCUGUCCUUUGUGGACAUCUGCUUCUCCUCAGUUGUGGGCCCCAAGAUGCUCACUGACUUCUUUUCUGAAAGGAAAGUCAUAUCUUUCCUGGGAUGCGUCUUCCAACAGUGGUUCUUUGGGUUCUUUGUGGCCAUUGAAUGCCUCCUCCUGGCUUCCAUGGCCUACGAUCGCUACGUGGCCAUUUGCAACCCUUUGCUGUACUCAGUCGCCAUGUCCCAGAGACUCUGCAUUCAAUUGGUAGUGGGUCCCUACACUGUCGGCUUCCUGAACACCAUGACUCAUACCACAGCCGCAUUCCGACUCCCCUUCUGUCGCUCCAACGUUAUCAACCACUUCUUCUGUGACAUGUCCCCCAUUCUGUCUCUCGUGUGUGCUGACACCAGCAUCAAUAAACUGCUGGUCUUCAUUGUGGCUGGGGCCGUCCUCGUGGUCAGUAGCCUGACCAUCAUCAUCUCCUAUUUCCACAUCCUCAUCGCCAUUCUUAGGAUCCGUUCUGCGGAUGGGAGGCGCAAAGCGUUUUCCACCUGCUCUUCUCACAUCACUGCCGUUUCCAUCUUAUACGGGACUCUCUUCUUUAUCUAUGUGAGACCUGGUGCCAUCUCUUCCCUGGACCUCAACAAAGUGGUGUCGGUCUUCUACACAGCGGUUAUCCCUAUGCUGAACCCUCUCAUCUACAGCUUAAGGAAUAAGGAAGUUAAAGCAGCCAUGCUCAGGACUAUCAGUAGGAAGAAGUUCUGGAUCCAAAGUUAA